ACGUGGAGAGUAUUUUUCACCCAAAAUUUUAUAAAACGAAUCAAUGAAUUUUGCUAGGUCUGGGGUUUUUGGACCUAAGUAGGUAUUUAGAAAAACAUUAUUUGGGUUCAGAUCGGUUUCGUUUGGAUAUGAAUGGUUUCGACUCCAUAAUUCAAAUACCUAUUAAAUAUAUGUUAUUUUUUGUAUGUAACUGAUAUGGAUCCGUUCAGAUAUUUAGGACUCAAAUAAAACUCGAUAAACAUAAAUAUACUCGAAACACGAAAAAUAUCCAAAAUCUAAACAAAUACCUGAAAAUCAGAAAAUACUCAAAAGACCUAAAAUUGUACUUGAAAUCUGACCCGAGGAACCAAAAAAUACCCAAAAUUUAAUCUGAAUACCCAAAUAUAUUUUUAAAAUUUGAUUUUGUACUCAAAAUCCAAAACUAUAACCGGAAAUUCAAACCAAAACUCAAAAAUAUAUGUAUACCAAAAAAAUAUCCAAAAUACACAAAUAUAUAUAAUUUACACAAACAUUUUGGGUACUUUGGCUCCCAAACGGGUUUCGGGUGGGUCUCAGACGCGAACAGAGACCUAUAUUUCCAAAAAAAAUACGUAUUUUUCUCUGGAUCCGACGCAAACCGAACCAGAAUUUUCGAGUUGAUUUUGGUUUGGUUUUUCGGGGUCCAUAUAAAAUACCCAUGCAUAAGAGAGAAUUACAUAAGAUUUAUAAUGAAUUCCAAAUAAAGUAAUUCAUGAAUUAUAUAAUAUUUUAAAAAUUUAUUUCUUUUAUAUAAAUUCGACUUUGUAACAUAAUAAUAUAACACAAUCACACAAUAUUAAUUCAUAUCAAAAUUUGUUAUAAUAAAAGAACCCGCGCUUUCAAGCGCGGGUCAAAAUCUAGUUGUUCUUAUGAUUGAUUAUAUUGUUAAGAAAAUUCUCUAUUUUUCCUUUGUAAAGAAAAUAUAAACAGGCCAUUUCCCGAUAACGUUAAAAUGUAAUCUGAAUAUUUUACUUUCCAUCAAGAAUAUCACAUAUUAUCAUACAUAGAAUAUGCACCAGAUAAUCAUAUUUACUCUUUUGUUUUCAAAAACAAAGAGGGUAAAAUCAUAAAUAGGUUGAUUCACUUAUCACAUGUUUUUCUUUAAAUGCAAGGAAUGUCAAAAUUGUAUAUCAAUUUUUUUUACUUUUAUGAUUGUAUGUAAUUAAAGUACAAAAGUUGUGUCGUUUGUGAAUUCUUGAAGUAGUAGGACUAAAUAUCUGUGACCCAUUGAAUCAAAAGCAGAACACAGAGGCAGAGAUGAGCGGAGAUGAGAAGAAAGGUUGGAAACAUGUAACGCUUAAGCACAGUCCCACUGAGGCAGCACUCGUGUCCGAGAUCGAGAAUCUACUGAGAGAAGAAGAGAGAAAGAGGCAGAACAAUGAAUUAGUGGUUGCGAGCUCAGAGAGUGAACAAAAACACAACAAUGGUACAAAUGCCUUUAAGCUCAAAAAACAACUCUCCGAGAUCAGAGCUGUCCCUUCUCUUUUACCACCCGAUGCAGCAAGAAAACAGAUGAAGCUUCGGACAAAUACUCUUACUUUAGGAAGAAAGACUCUAGGAAUGGAAGGUGUUCCAAGACUUAAACAACUCAAGUCUAUACAGUUGCUUUUUGAUGGACGCGGUAAUAACACCAACAAUGAUGAUAGUCUAAAAGAGGCUAAUGGAGUAAGCAACAAGUUAGGUUUAAUAACUCCGCAGGAGUUUAAAACAGAGACGCUUGAAGAUGAGCUGAAGGAAGCAGCUGCUCUUGAAGCAGCUGUUUACUCUGUGGCCGCUGAGCAUAGUAGCUCCAUGAGCAAGGUUCAUGCUCCAGCUCGUCGUCUUGCUAGGUUUUAUCUUCACGCUUGUAAAGGAAAUGGCUCAGAUCAUUCCAAGCGAGCAUGUGCAGCUAGAGCCGCGGUUUCUGGAUUGAUAGUAGUUUCCAAAGCGUGUGGAAAUGAUGUUCCAAGGUUUAUACAUAACUAUAUAUAUCAAUUUGAAUUUAGUCACUCAAUAAGUUUCUAAUGUAUUUUUGUUUCUAUAAAUAUAUAUCAACAGGUUAACCUUUUGGCUAACAAAUUCGAUUGUUCUUAGAGCAAUUUUAAGCCGCGGUACACUGAGCCUGGUUUCUAUUAAACCCGGUUCAGAUGAAUGGGAAGAUCCUCAAGCAUUUCUUGCCGCUUUGGAGAAGUUCGAGUCUUGGAUAUUCUCUCGUAUUGUUAAAUCAGUAUGGUGGCAGGUAAUAUAAAAGAACUUUUUUUUUUCAAAUGUGGUUUGUAGAAGAGUUCUCAUUAAAAUUUACUCCAAAAUGAUCAUUACAUUGCAGAGUAUGACGCCGUAUAUGCAAUCAUCAGCGGUUAAAGGAUCGAUCUCAAGGAAAGUUUCAGGGAAAAGAAGGUUAGGCCAUAAAAACCAGGGACUAUAUGCUAUAGAUCUAUGGAAGAAUGCUUUUAAAGCUGCUUGUGAAAGACUUUGCCCACUAAGAGGUUUAAGAAAAGAGUGUGGUUGUCUACCCAUGCUUGCUAAACUGGUAUGAGACUAACUUUUAGUACUUUUUCUGUAUUAUUAGGUUAAACAGGAUUGACCAGUUUCUUGUUAAAUUUGCUUUUGUUAUCAGGUUAUGGAACAAUUAAUUAGUAGACUUGAUGUAGCAAUGUUCAACGCGAUACUUCGUGAGUCAGCAGGUGAAAUGCCGACAGAUCCUGUCUCUGAUCCGAUCAGUGACAUUAAUGUUCUUCCAAUUCCAGCAGGAAAAGCAAGUUUUGGGGCAGGCGCUCAGCUAAAAAAUGCGGUAACUUAAAUCACAUAAACAGUGUUAAAUAUCUGUAAUUUAUAUUUGCCUUUGCAGAUUGGAACUUGGUCAAGAUGGCUUGAGGAUCAAUUCGAGCAAAAGGAAGACAAAUCUGAUAGCUAUAAUAAGAAGUCAGAUUGUGAAAAUUUCAGAUUAUUCCAUCUACUCAACUCGUUAGGCGAUCUAAUGAUGCUUCCAUUCAAAAUGCUUGCAGAAAAAUCCACUAGAAGAGAGGUAACUAGACUACUCAAUAAUCAUUUUUCUAUAACACUUUUGACUAAUUUUUACUUCUUGUUCCUGUCUGAAGGUUUGUCCAACACUUGGUCCACCAAUAGUAAAGAGAUAUCUUCGAAACUUUGUUCCAGAUG